AGUAAAGAGUAAGAGCCCUUUUAUUUUACUUUACUCCUCUCAAAAAGAUUUUAUUUUCCUACAUCUCUCCCUCUCAGUUUAUUAGAUUUUCUCUCUGCUCGAUCCUUGACUAGACGUUUCUCAACUCGCUCAAACUCAGUCUCUCUUCACGUCAACUUCCCCUCCAAACCAAUUACACCUCGAAGACGUUGUCGAUUCGGCGAAGCUAGGGUUUCGGGUUCUUUUGCAAUUUUUUGAAGCUUCUGAUUGGUGAAUCGUUCGAAUUUCGUGGACAUGGAGCUGUUUUGUUGUGUUUGGAAGUUUCUGAGAUCGUGUGGUAGCUAGAAAGUCGAAUUAGGGUUUCUGUUUUUGGAUGCAAAAUUGGGGGUUUUUGUUUUGCUAACCGUGUUCAAUUUCAUGGCGCAAGUAUAAAUUUAGGGUUUUUAGGGGUCAUUCUGGUAUUGAAGUUAGGGUUCUGGUCGUUUAUCAUACUAAGUUGCUAAAUUCGAAGUGUUCUUAUUCACUUUGAUUGCUGGGGCGUAUAAUCGAUAAUUGAAAGUUCAGAGCUUUUCGUGGAGAAUUUAGAGGGAACGAAGUGCUGUAUUGAAAAUUAGGGUUUCUGUUGUAAAUUAAGCAAAUUCGUGGGCUUUGAAAUGCGUUUAGAAGUUAAAUUGGGCAGUGGAUAAGAUAGUAUUGAAGAUUUAGGGUGUAGACUAUUGUAUGAGAACUGAAGUGGGUGGAGUUUAAUAACUCGGAGGUAAGAAAUGUUUUAUUCACAGUUUAUUUUGGCCAAGAAAGGGCCUUUGGGUACAAUUUGGAUAGCUGCUCAUCUGGAGAGGAAGCUUCGGAAGAAUCAGGUCGCUGAUACUGAUAUUGGUGUCUCUGUAGAUUCAAUUCUUUUUCCCGACGUACCAAUUGCACUGAGAUUGUCUAGUCAUCUUUUGCUUGGUGUGGUGAGGAUAUAUUCUAGAAAGGUGAGUUACCUUUUUGAUGAUUGCAGUGAGGCUUUGCUCAAGGUAAAGCAAGCUUUCCGCUCCACUGCUGUUGAUUUACCACCAGAAGAAUCAACUGCCCCAUAUCACUCCAUCACCUUGCCAGAGACUUUUGAUCUUGAUGAUUUUGAGCUUCCAGACAAUGAUAUUUUUCAAGGCAACUAUGUUGAUCAUCACAUUAGUACAAGGGAGCAGAUUACCCUCCAAGACACAAUGGAUGGUGUUGUCUACUCCACAUCACAAUUUGGAUUGGAUGAGCGGUUUGGUGACGGUGACACUUCUCAUGUUGAUUUGGACCUUGAAGAGGACCUGUUCCUAGACAAGGUUGCAGCUCCAAGGUCUGAUGAAGUUUCAGAGCUGAGUCUUCAGACGUCUGCUGAAUCAUUGGAACCAAAAGUAGAGGAAGAUCAUGACGUGAUUGGAACUGCAGAAGCCAUGCCAGUGAAUGGUACUAGAAACAAGAUGGUAAGUCAAGCUUCAAAUUCUGAAUCUCUGGACUAUGCUCAGGCUCCUUCCACUCCUGGGUUAGUAGAAGAGCCAAACUUGUCCAGUGUUCAGGAUGGUCUAGCCUGUGAUGAUCAUUUAAAAUCAGAAGAUAACAAGUUGACCGAUGGCAUAGAGAGCACUGGAAAUGCUUCCAGUAAGCCAAAUCAUCACAGGGAUGACACAAUGAAUUUGUCUUUGGGCAAUCAUUUAAACUGUGAUACUGUUGUGUGCAUACCUGCUGAGGAGAAUGGCUGCCUUUCUGGUGAUUUGGAAAUCAAUCAAGCAGAGUCACCAGGAGAGUUACUAUCUACCACAGUGAAUAUAGAUUAUUUAGCAGCAGAUGGGAUGGUUUGUGCAUUAGAUGGAUCAGACAAUGUAGAAGUGAUAAAUAACUUUGUCUGCAAUGGUGAGGUCACUGUGCCCUCUGUCGAUAAAAUCAAUGGGGAGUGCAGAGAAUCCACAGGAGUCAGGUUACAUGAACCAGAUAAUCUCGAAAUUGCUAAUGCUGUGGAAGACUUGAGCUCACUUGGAAAAGCUGUAGAUGCGAAUACUGGCUGUCCAUUGGAAUUGGCUGGUGCCCCAGAGGGUGAUGCUCAGGCUCACCAAGGGCCAGAGGAUCCUGAUUCUUUGAGCAAAGAUGUUGAUGGAGAAAAGACACACAAUAGCAUGGGUGUGCUCCGUGCAUGCAAUUCCUACAUGAGUGGACCUGAUUCAUCAUUUCAUGGGAUUAAUAAUGAUGAUUUUCAGCUUCCACCUGAAACACAAGGUCAUGCACCAUGUUCAUUGGAGAUGUCCAGCGGGGAGGAAGCAUUCCAUGCUUCUGGAAUUUCCACUAAGGUGCAAGGUGAAAAAUGCCAUGCGACUGAUGUUAUACAAUCAGUGGAAAAUCAGAUAUCUGAACUCAAUUUACCUGGAGAAAUUCAAGCAGAUGGUGGGAAGCAAGACGAGCAACCAGACAAUACAUUCCCUAGUGAUAAUCAGUUGGAGAACUUGAAUAGUUCCUUGACUUCUGAAUUGCCUACACCUGAAAAGUUGCUUUCUGUACCUCAAGGGCUUCUUGAUAAGCCAAAUGAUUUGCUGGUUGAGUCAACUCCAGUCGAAGAAAUCGUAGAUGGGGGUGACAGAAGCAGUGCUGGAACCAACAUUACUGGAAAAAAGCGUAGUUUUACAGAAAGUUCACUAACUGUGCAGAGUUUAAAUUCAGUUGAUUCUUUUGGUGUCUCUAGAUCAAAGAGAACCGUGGAUUCCAUUCCUGAUGAUGAUGACUUGCUAUCUUCUAUAUUAGUUGGAAGAAGAUCUUCAGUUCUGAAAGUGAAAACUACUCCACCUGCACCUGAAGUGGCAUCCAUGAAACGUGCCCGGUCUGCAUCUCGUCCUAGUGCCAUGAAGAGGAAGGUGCUUAUGGAUGAUUCAAUGGUCUUGCAUGGCGAUACUAUACGCCAACAGUUAACUAAUACUGAAGACAUACGUCGCAUACGAAAGAAAGCUCCGUGCACACGCACUGAGAUUUUAAUGAUUCAGAGACAAUCCUUAGAUGAAGAAAUUUUCAGUGAACCAGUAUUGACCGGUAUGUCGGCAGAGCUGACAUGUUUGCACAGUGAAACAUUUGAUUUGAGCAGAAUAGAGAUAGAUGACAGUGAUGAUAACAAUGCUUCUGUAGUGGCAAAGGAUUCUAGUAGACCAGCUGUUGCUCAAGUUAAUGAAUUGGAAGCAAGCACCGAGCCUGUUAUUUGCAGAAAAGAUGUUGAUGGACAACCUGCUGAGAAUCUCAUUUGGACCGAGAAGCAAGGGCAAAUGAGUGCUAUUGUCGAUGUUUCUGAUUACAGAUCUUCAGAACAUGGAAUAUUGGGGGAAAUAACUGAAAUGGAAGUUGAUAAAGGGCAUGUGGAAGUCACAGAUGCUGCAAACCACACUGCUAUUCUGCAUUUUGAUGGAUCGCACACUGAACUGAUUUCUGGAGAUGCUGGUGACAUGGUGGAUGGGUUGGCUCUCAUGGAUGGCUUUACUGGCACAGAUGGUUCUCUGCAGAUGGAUACUUCAAUUCUGCCAUCGGAUAUGAUGGAUACUCAAGUAUUUGGGGAGGUUGAUUUAAGGGAUGUGAGUGAUGGCAAAACACUAGAUGACAUUGAAGUUUUAAAACAUCAUAAACAAAAUAUUGUUGCAGUUGAAACUGAAUCAAGGGAAUGGGAACUUUUGUUGGAAGAAAGCAAAGCUGGCGCACCAGCAGAAAUCAGAGUAGAUUUUCAGGCUGAUGGUUCUGCACCUGCUGAUGAUGCAGACACAUUGCUUGCAAAUAUAUCUUCAGAGAUUGGUGGAUGCAUUAACCUCACUUCUGUAAAUGUUGACCGAACUCAGGAUGAUGUUGAAAAUGACAAGCUAGGGGAUGGUAAUGAAGAUGGGGGCCUAGCCAUGAGCUCAGGGCAUGUUGAUAAGGACCGAGAUUCUAAUCAUAUAUGUAAUGAAGAAUUAAUGAUGAACCCUACAUUUCCUGUAGGAUCUGAUACGGACUUCAAAAAUGCUUCUCUAAAUGGUGGAGAUUAUCCUGUUUCUCGAGAAGCUGAUCCACAGAGAAUUGUGGAUGCUGAAAUAACUUAUGCUGACCAUCCUGCUGAUCUUCAAGAUGUUGCAUUUGCAAAUGAUACAGAAUUUUUGAAUGUAGAUGAUGAUGAGAUGGGUGGAAAUGAUGAUGAUGGCAUACCAGGUCCUGAAGAUGUUCGCCUUCUUGACAAUAGUGGAUGGUCUUCCCGCACCAGAGCUGUUGCCAAGUACCUUCAGACUAUAUUUGAUAAUGAAGGUGGAAAUGGAAGGAAGGUCAUUUCAGUGGACAACCUUCUGGCUGGUAAAACUCGGAAGGAGGCAUCAAGAAUGUUCUUUGAAACUUUGGUUCUUAAAACAAGGGAUUACAUCCAUGUAGACCAGUUAAAGCCCUUUGACAGCAUCAGUGUAAAGCCACGAGCAAAGCUCAUGAAAUCAGACUUCUGAUCUCGGGUAGGAAAGGCAGAAACAGUUGAUAAAAUCAAUUUAGGUCUAGUUCAGCUCGUGCUGAGUGAGCUGGGGAUUUUAUUUUUCCUUUUUCCCUUUUCGUCAUAUUUAUUCCUUCUCUAAAUUAUUCCCUCCGAUAUUUAGUUGGUGUAACUGAUAGUUUAACGACGCAGUAGAGUUGCAUAUGUUACAGUAUCAGGUGUAACAUUCGUAAUGUGGAUCAUGUGUGUAAAUAUGUGUAACAUAUUAACAUUUGCAAUUGAAGAUGCUAAUUUAUUUGUUUGCCUGUACAA